AUAAUAAAAACAAGUUAAAAGAAAAAUUCAGUAGUGGAAAAAUUGAAAAAUAUUUAUUUUUAGAAAGUAAUGAUUUGGGUAAAUAUAUCUUGUGAAUCAGUACAUCAUAUUAUUGACAUGCAUGCAGUGAAAUGUCAAAGGAAUCAGCUGUUAGUAGGGUUUUGUGUGCAUAAAUCGAGUUCUGCUACAUUGUGCUUCUAUUUUGAAUUUUAAAUUUAAUGAAAUGUGCAAAUUGUUUUAAUCAGCGUACUUAUUUGUUAUUCAAAAUGUGAAUGAUGAGAAUGGCAGAAGAAAAAGUUCUUGUCUCAUUUGCUUGUCAAAGAUGUUUACAACCUCUGAGAUUGGAUGACUCUUUUAACAACCUAAGUGAGCAUACAUUAGCAGAAUUACAUUUACCAGUUCAAAAUAAUGUAGAAAUAGAUUUGGACUCACAAACAACUAGUUUAGAUCACUUUGUGCAGCCUUGUCGUCUCUCUGAUUCUGGCAAUGGUGCUAAUGGUUUCAUGCUUGUCACAGACACUGGAGAAGUAGAACUUAUUAGCAAUCAGCUUAAGGUGAAAGCUGCCUUGUUUGAUACUUUGUCGGGGUAUUCAAAUAUAGAUCAUCCAUUAUGUGAAGAAUGUACUGAUACUCUAAUAGAUUUAUUAGAAAAACAAGUAGAAUUGACACAAAAGGAUUAUGAAGAUUACUAUGAAUAUUUAAAAAAACUUGAAGAGGAUACCCAACAACCUCAACUGGACUCUCUUGAGAAUGAAUUGAAAGAACUAGAGGAAGAAGAAAAACGUCUUAUUAUAGAACUAGAAAACCUUCAGUUAGAAGAAGAAAAAAUCAUAACUGCCAUUAAUGAACAAGAAACAGAAGCUGAAAGACUCAAGCAUGAAGAAGAUAGACUAUGGAGAGAAUACACUCGUCAUAGACAAGAUUAUUUGCUCACUGAAGAUGAAUACAGAAGCCUAGAGUGUCAACUAUCCUAUGCACAGUCUCAGUUAGAUAAAUUAAAAAAAACAAAUGUGUUCAAUGCAACUUUUCACAUAUGGCAUGCAGGUCAUUUUGGCACCAUAAACAACUUCCGAUUGGGACGUCUUCCUUCAGCUCCUGUAGAUUGGUCAGAAAUAAAUGCAGCAUGGGGACAAACUGCACUUUUAUUGGCUGCUUUAGCCAGAAAAAUAGGAUUAACUUUUGAGCGUUACAAAUUAGUUCCUUUUGGAAACCACUCAUAUAUUGAAGUCAUAGCAGAGCAAAAAGAACUACCGCUAUAUGGAUCAGGCGGUUUUCGUUUCUUAUGGGAUACAAAAUUUGAUUCUGGAAUGGUAGCGUUUUUAGAUUGUUUGCAGCAGUUUAAAGAGAAAGUAGAAGAAGGUGAUAAAGAUUUUCGCCUUCCUUAUCGAAUGAAUAAAGGAAAAAUAGAAGAUUCGUCUUCUGAAGUAAAUUAUUCUGUGAAGAUUCAAUUCAACUCUGAAGAACAGUGGACCAAAGCUUUAAAAUUUAUGCUAACAAAUCUUAAAUGGAGCCUUGCUUGGGUCUCCUCACAAUUUAAUUCAGAUGAUGAUUAACUAAUUUUAGUUAAAUACUGUAUAAAUAGUUAUUAUUUUACCAAUAAAAUGUUUUUGUUUUCUUUUAA